AUGGCACGGACUUCAAUUGACCACGAUGAUGUCCCCGGCACCGUCCGUCUCGUCGAUAUCAACGGAAUGAACUCGUCUGGACCACACGAUACCCAACACAAAGACAUCGUUCUGGUCCCUCGCCCCAGCUCUGACCCAAAUGACCCGCUCAAUUGGUCCUACCGUCGAAAGCUCACGGCCGUCAGCAUGGCGUACCUCUACGUCCUCGGAACCGGAAUCGCGACAUCUCUGCAAUAUUCUGUCCUAGCAGACAUCACCAAGAACACUGGUAUUUCUACUGCGAAUCUUGUUCAAGGAACGGGCGUUAUGUUCCUGUUCUUUGGAUGGGCUUGUCUAAUUUGGCAACCAAUUGCCCUCACCUAUGGAAGACGUGGCGUAUAUCUUACAACCAUGCUGCUUACCGUUCCGAUCAUGGUCUGGACUGCUUAUUCUACCUCAGCCGGGGAAUGGUUUGCCCACAGGAUAUUGAUCGGUAUUAUCGUAUCCCCGAUCGAGUCCCUAUGCGAAGUCACCGUCUUCGACCUCUUUUUCGCCCACAACCGCGGGACAUACAUGGGGCUUUACGUCGCCAUUUUAUUUGGGUCCAACUUUCUUGCCCCUCUCGUGGCUGGUUGGUUCAACGAUGCUUUUGGAUGGAGGUGGACAAUGCAUUUUGGUGUUAUUAUCUGCGCUGUAUGUUUCGUUAUCAUGUUCUUCUUCAUGGAGGAGACCAUGUACUUCCGUGACACGUCUAUCGAAAGCCUUGUUGUCGAGGAAAACAAUCACCGAGAUUCUGGAAAGGAAAAGGCUGGCAGGGCGCCCGAUGAUGAGUCUCGAGCAGGAGACGCAUCACCAAGAAGCUCUCUACCGUCUCCCCCAUCUUCAACAAGCUACCAUGAUAUAAAUGCUGGUCGAGGAAAAUACACCUGGUUCAAAGUUCUAACAGGACGGCCUAGCAACGUCGAGAUGCUGCACAUGGUCUACCGUCCUGUUUUCAUGAUAUUCCAGUUUCCUACCGUUGCAUGGGCUGGAUUUCUCUACGGCAUCAACCUCGCCUGGUACAACGUCUUGAACGGAACAGCGAGCCCCGUUCUUUCAAGCAACCCUUACAACUGGUCUGCAGCCUUGGUCGGGUGCGUAUACGCGGGGCCAAUCAUUGGUGCCGCCGUUGCUUGUCUCUGGGUAGGCAAGGCAGCAGAUUGGAUCGCCCUAUGGCUCGCACGUCGCAAUGGCGGCAUCAGGGAGCCUGAACAUCGCCUUUGGGUUCUACUUGUUUCUGGCAUUAUCUCCUCCGCCGGUCUUAUCGUAUGGGGGGUCGGCGCUUACUAUCACAUCCACUGGGUAGGGCUCGUAUUCGGGCUCGGAAUGCUCACGGUUGGAUGUGUAGCUGGUGGAGCGAUUGCUGUCAGCUACAACGUCGAUUGUUUCAAAGAGAUAGCAGGCGAAACCACGGUAUCUAUCAUGCUGAUUCGUAACACCAUUGGGUUCGGCUUCAGCUAUGCCAUCACACCUUGGUGGACGACGCAAGGCUUGAAGAACUGCUUUAUCACCGCAGCUAUGAUAUCCCUCGCAUGCACAUUCACUUUCUUCAUUAUGAUCAUGUAUGGGAAGCAGAUCAGAAGGUGGUCCGCCCCGACUUAUCGCAAAUAUCUGACUGCCAUGAGCGUUGGGCAUGAAUGA